CUCAACCGGUGGAUCGGACCUCUCAAUUGUACGCUGUAAUCUCCAGCACAAUUCUUUUUUUUUGUCUUCUCCGUACGCCGUAUCUUCCAGUCCACUACUUGUCCCGCCAACCCCGACUCAACUGGGUGGGUUACUGCUUCAAUCAAACCUUCUCCUGCAAUAAUUUCUUGCUACUCCUCCUCUUGACUACUUCUCUCCCUCCCUUCCUCCUUCUCCAUCUUUUUCACUUCCCAUAUACACAUACAACCUCACACACACAACCAUGUCCGCCAAGUCUAUCCUCGAGGCCGACGGCAAGGCCAUCCUCAACUACCACCUCACUCGCGCUCCCGUCAUCAAGCCUACCCCUCUCCCUCCUUCCUCCACACACAACCCUCCUCCUCGUCUCGCCUCCCUCCACUUCCCCGAAGACAAGGCCGUCAAGGAUGUCCUCGACCAGGCCGAGGUCACCUACCCAUGGCUGCUCGUUCCCGGCUCUAAAUUCGUCGCUAAGCCCGAUCAAUUGAUCAAGCGUCGAGGCAAGUCCGGCCUCCUCGCCCUCAACAAGACCUGGGCUGAGGCUCGGGAGUGGAUUGAGGCCCGCGCUACCAAGGAGGUCCCCGUUGAGCACGUUACCGGUGUUCUGCGCCAGUUCCUCGUUGAGCCUAUGGUUCCCCACGCUCAGGAGACUGAGAGCUACGUCUGCAUUAACUCCGUCCGUGAGGGCGACUGGAUCCUCUUCUACCACGAGGGUGGUGUUGAUGUCGGUGAUGUCGAUGCCAAGGCUGAGAAGCUCCUCAUUCCCGUCGACCUGAAGAAGUUCCCCUCCAACGAGGAGAUUGCCUCCGCUCUGCUGAGCAAGGUGCCCAAGGGCAUUCACAACGUCCUCGUGGACUUCAUCUGCCGCCUGUACGCCGUCUACGUCGACUGCCAGUUCACCUACCUGGAGAUCAACCCUCUGGUCGUCAUCCCCAACGCCGAUGCCACCUCCGCCGAUGUCUACUUCCUCGACCUGGCUGCCAAGCUUGACCAGACUGCUGAGUUCGAGUGCGGUACCAAGUGGGCUGUUGCCCGUAGCGCCACCGCUCUGGGUCUGCCUGCCCUCCCCUCCACCGAUGGCAAGGUCAACAUCGAUGCCGGUCCCCCCAUGGAGUUCCCCGCUCCUUUCGGCCGUGAGCUGAGCAAGGAGGAGAAGUUCAUCUCUGACAUGGACGCCAAGACUGGUGCCUCCCUCAAGUUGACUGUCCUGAACGCCAACGGCCGUAUCUGGACUCUGGUUGCUGGUGGUGGUGCUUCCGUCGUCUACGCCGACGCUAUUGCCUCUGCUGGUUUCGUUAGCGAGCUCGCCAACUACGGCGAAUACUCCGGUGCUCCCUCCGAGGGCCAGACAUACUCCUACGCUAAGACCGUCCUCGAUCUGAUGCUCCGCGCCCCCAUCCACCCCGAGGGCAAGGUCCUCUUCAUCGGUGGAGGUAUUGCCAACUUCACCAAUGUUGCUUCCACCUUCAAGGGUGUGAUUCGCGCCAUCCGCGAAUUCGCCCCCGUCCUCAUUGAGCACAAGGUCCAGAUCUGGGUCCGCCGUGCCGGCCCCAACUACCAGGAGGGUCUGAAGAACAUCAAGUCCGUCGGCAUCGAGCUUGGCCUCGACAUGCACGUCUACGGCCCCGAGAUGCACGUCUCUGGUAUCGUGCCUCUGGCCCUUCAGGGCAAGAAGUCCGAUGUCAAGGAAUUCAGCGCAUAAAUGACUACCCCCGUGCUCUCUUUUCUUUUUUGUUUUAUUUUUGUUUGUUUCUGCAGCGUCAACUCCGUUGCAUGGGUUUGUGAUAAUGCAUGGCAUGAUAUGAAAUUUGCGGGGUUUUUUUUCUCAGCCUGGGUUAUAAAAAAAGGAAGAAAAGCGAGUCUUGGGGAUUUUGGACCCUGGCUUCUUUCUCUUUUACUUCCCCCAGGCUUUGGCCCUGUUUUGCUGGUCGUGGGUAUGGCGUUUCUUCCCGCCCGGACUAAAAGACCGGAUGCUUGGUGCCCGACGUACAUGAUUAGAUUUCCUUUUAUGUUGAAUCGUACCGGGGGGAUUUAGAUCGGGAUUUCCCUUCGGAUAAUAUCAAGUGAUGAUACAAUGUUUUAUUUUCCAUUGCUGUCGAGGCAUAAGGUUGUACUCCAGGGGAUGACAAUGAAGUAAAUGACUACGUAAUGUGGACAAUA